AUGGGUUUUGCAGAAAGAUUUCCACGAUGGAUUACAGGCAUUUUAGGAGUUGUUCAACUUGCAAUAACGGCUGCUAUUAUUGGUUUAGAAUUACGUUCUGCUUAUAUUGAUCUUGCUCAUGGUACAAUAUGGGCUGGACUUUGGUGUGUAUUAAGUGGUGCAUUGGCCUGUGUGAUUAUUUAUUUUGAUCAAGUUUUUAUAAAUGAUCUUUGCAAAUGUUAUUUGGGUGAUCAAAUAUGUUGUGCACUUCGUGGUAUACCAUCGUUACAAUCAAAUUAUUCAGCAAUACUUGAUGAGUGUGCAUUAGCUAUUACACAUAAUAAUAGUGCGUCACUUGUAUGUCCUAGUGUACCCUAUGAUAAAUUAGGAUUAAUUAAAGCACAGUUAGGUUGUGCCGUUGGUAUGUUGAUUACUUGUGGAAUUUAUGUUAUGCUUUUCUUAUUUGCUUGUUUUGGCAUUUGCUUUGGACAUGAUUAA